AUGAAUAAAGAGGAUCCAAAAUAUGUCAGCCAACUUCCAAAAUUCUCCAAACUUCCGAAAGAUGACCUACCCAAGAGAGAUGUCUUCGGAAGAACCAUUCUACAUCUCUUGAUCUUGAGCAACAGGAGCAAUCUUCUCCAAGAGUUAUUGAAAAAUUCUCACAUUAAGACCAUCUUUAACCUCUGUGAUUAUGAGAACGGAUGGAACUGCAUGCAUUACGUGAUAUUUUACAAGAGAAUAUCAUGUUUUAGAAUGUUGCUUGACUAUUUCCGAGGAACUAGUGCUAAGCAAAACCUGGUUCUAGCCACCAACUCCUCAUUACUAGAGAUUUUAAAAACGAAAGAUAGGGCUGGAAAUACUCCAUUACAAUUGCUUGAUAAUGAUUUUAAAGACCUCAUAUGGAUACCAGAUUACAUUAACGAAAAGAGCGAGUUUCAUAUAUCUUAUAGAUUCAAGCUGAACAAAGAGCCGGAAAGCGCGAAGAGGGCCUCUAUCAAGUCUCCUCAAAUACCCUGGAAUCAUGCCAGAGGUGGUAGUGAGGUUUACAUGUUUGGAAACAAUAACAGUAACCAAUUGGGGUUUGGUGAUUCAACAGAUAGAUCUAUUCCUUCCAGGCUAUCACAUAACCCAUUCAAAAAGUACAAUCAGCAUUCCCUUUCAAUUGAAAAUCUCAAAAAACCUCGUUACAAGCAAGUUGCUUUAUCUAAAUACCACUCAAUCAUAUUGACUAGUUCUGGUGAAUUGUUUUCCUGUGGGAAAGGCUCUAGGGGCAGAUUGGGCCUUUCAAACCUUAGUGAUAGCUUCAAGUUCCAGAAAAUUGAUAUAGAAGAUCCCAUUAAAUUUGUAUCCAGUCAUAACAAUCAUACAAUUGCUGUCACCUUGCAAAACGAAGUAUAUUCCUGGGGUCUUAAUAAUUACAACCAAUUGGGUUAUGAUUCAUCUUCAAAAUCUACUAGCAAAGGAUUUACAGAAAAAUUUGAACUGAGUCCUUCUCUAGUCGGAGGUGAUUUGAGGAAAAAUAGUGCAGAAAUCAAGGGUGUUGCUACUUCUAAAAUUCACGGAGUAGUAUUUACCAAAACUGAAUUGUUCUUUUGGGGUUUGAAUAUUGGUCAAAUGGGGUUCACGGCUAGUUCGCAAAAUAUUGAAUUUAAGCUAGAUGAUACCGUGUACAAGGGAGAGAUUCAAUCUACCCCAAGGGCCAUUUCACUUAGAGAUAAUGUCAAAUUAGUUGAAACUUGUGAAUUGUGUACUUUUGUGGUCACAGAUAAGAAUGAUAUUCAUGUAUACUUUCAACACCAUCAUUAUAAACUCCCAAAGAUUCCAGUGAAGGGGUCCAGUGAUAAACAUUUUGAUAUUUUCAAACCUACCAGUCUUACUAAAGCUGUUCUGAUUCAAAAAAUUGUGGCAAGAAGCCUUGGCUCAUGUAUUAUCUUGCUUGAUAAUGGUAACGUUAUGAGUUUUUCGUUCAAUCCUGACGACUAUAAGAAUACAAAGUAUCUCUUUGUAUGGCGAGCAUAUGAUCAUGACAUGGUGGUCACUGAUAUCGAUGCGUCUUAUGAUGGGUCAAUUGUUCUUUGCACAAGGAAUGGCUCGGUGUUUAUCAAGUCAAGUCAGACCAAGCAAAGAAAACAUUCGGUAACAGAAAUCUCUUUGCCAAUGCCAAUCACUAAGAACAAAUUCAAAAGACUUGAUAACUUAAAUAAGGUAGUACAGGUUUUCUGUGAUCCAAGCUUUUCGUCUUUUGGAUUUUUGAGAGACGAUGUGGAUUUAUUACCUUUGAAAUUGCAAAAGAAUGAUUUUGUGGAUGAUCUUGCCUAUUUGAGCUGUAUUAAUGACGAGAAUACCUAUAGAAAACAAGAUCAGUUGCUUACGUUGGAUCAUAACUACAAGACUUAUGUCACAAACUUCUUCUACCCAGAUAGGCUUGCCAAUGAUGAAGCUGAUGAGCCCACUGCCGAAGACAAUACAGGAGUAGUCGACCUUCUUGAGAAAAAGUAUCAUCACAAAUACGAUUACAUCAGGAACCGUAAACCAAGAAGCUCAGAGACUUAUGAUUUAGAAUUAAACACUAUUCAAGAUGGUUCGGUGAAUAUCACCAACGAAAAGUCGUUCAAGCUGAAAUUUCUCGACGGACCAUCUGAUAACAGAGGAUUUGACUGCAAGAUUACUUUUAAGGAUUUUCCCACCGUUAGCAUAGGCUUUCAUAAGCUUGUUUUACAGUUGAGAUCAAGACCGAUGAAGAAGCUUUUCGAUGAGACUAAUUCUGACGACCUUUUUGUGUCUGGUGAUUUUCAGGCACAGUAUUAUAAGGAUGAAAACAAGCUAGAAGUUCAGAGUCCUAUUAAUGCUAUAUCCAUGGCAUUGUUCAUCCACUUCGUUUACUGCAAUGAUUUCCUAGAUCUAAACGAUGAAAUUUUGAAUCUGUUAGAUUGUACUUAUCAUUUGAAGAGCACAUUUCAAAUUUUUGAUAUGAACACAAGAACACUGGGAAUAUUGGGAGUCACAGAAAUCUUUUCCACUUUGUUGGUGGAAAAUUCAGGCGAUGUUAUUGUCCGUUUGAAGGAUGAUGAAAUUAAAUGUCAUUCCUUUAUUUUGAAGGCAAGAUCAGCCUAUUUUGAAACCUUACUUUCCGACAGAUGGGUAAAUGAUGGAACUGAAUUCUUAGAUUUCACAGAUGUAAGUCUGACGACCUUUGAAGCAAUUCUCAAGUUUAUCUACGGAGCUCAUUCCGAUCAAAUAUUUGAUUUCGAAUAUCUGUUUGAUGAUACGGAUGAAUACAUCAAUGAAGUAUUAGAAUUAAUCGAAGUGGCAGAUGAAUUAUUAUUGUUCCAAUUGAAAUCAUUAUCGCAAGUGGUAUUGAGUGAUUUGAUUAACUUGGAUAAUGUUCUUAUUUUGUUGACACAUGCCGAUGCCUUGUCUGCAGAGAAGCUUUUCAUGAAUUGUUGUUGGUAUAUAUACAAUAAUUUGGAGAUCUUGCUCUUUGAUCCAACUUUCACAGAUUUGUCAUUAGACUUGAUGCAGAAGUUAGAGGUUCAAGUGAUUUACUUCCAAAAUUGUAAAUCGAUAGAUUUCUCUGAUGAUUGUGGUGUGUUAAACAAAGGAAUGUUGACCAAUUGGUUUGAAACGGAUUCGGAUAAUCUCCUUAAAACUUACUUUGAACUGAUGACAGAGUACAACGAGAUAUUCAUAAGUGAUAGAAAAGGAUUCAUGGGAUUCAAACCUUUGGUUGAUGUCAAGUAUGAACUCAACAAAGAUGGGAAGGAGGGCAAGAAAAAGCGAGACAGGAAGAAUUCAAGAAGAAGCUCUACAGUGAACAACGAGAUUCUUGAUUUCAGAAACAGUAUCAAGACUCGCGAAAAAGAGACUUAUAUUGAUUCUUCUGUGCUAGAAGAAAAGAAUGAUGAUGAUACUGGGUUUGAGGUGGUGAAUCGGGGAGGAAGACGGAAAUCCAAGAACAAUGGAAACGGUGUAUCACCCACUCCACCUUGGACUCAGAACGGUUCUGCAUCGUCUUCAACUACUUCCCUAGUCAGUAACAUAGAUACUGGACGCAGACCUCUGGCAGCCCCUGUUAGUUUACCAGCUAGUCUGAUGGGCUUGAGUCCAUUUUCAAACUGGGCAUCAAAGAGCACAGCUGUCCCCUUGUUUUCAGAUAAACCUACAACUGCUUCACGUCCAGUUCUAGAGACCAGUUCAGAUUGGGCUCGCAAGGGUAGUAGCAGCUCCAAAAUUAAGAUCGGCCCCAUGAUUAAAUUAUCCCAGAAAGAACGGAAAAAGAAGAUGGCGAUGGAACAGAACAGUGACGUGGUUGAUAAUACCCAGGCUGUAUCAUCUUUGCCCACCAACCCUUGGUCUAAGACCAAUAGUGAAGCUACAGUGAGCGACGAUCUUCCAGGAAUGCCUAAGUUGGGUAGCUCGAAGAAGACCGUUCGGAGCGUUUUCAAGUCGACUCCAUUGGCCGAUGCUCCUAGAAGUCAAGCCAGCGUGGUUGCAGACCCUGUCCCAAGCAUCAGAACACCGUCACUUACAGAGAUCAUGAUAGAAGAAUCACUUCGGGUGGAAAGAGCCAGGCAAGAAGAAGCUGAGAGGAAGACGUUGGCGGAAAUCCAGCAAGAGCAAGAGUUUGCAAAAUGGUGGGAGGAAGAGACCUUGCGGGUGCAAAAGCAGAUGGGCACACUACAACUGGAGCCAAAGGCUCAACCAAAAGGGAAACCCAGAAACAAAAAAAAACCUUCUGGCAAAGAAGUUCCCCAGUCGAACAUUCCUAACAAAGGCAAGCCGGCUGGGCCCAAAAAGAAAACCUCCAAGUCGGACAGCACCAAGGCCAAGUCCAAAAGUCCUAGUCCGAUGACAUCUCAAUAA